AUGACGGAAGACGUGACGCCGACUCCAAUCAUUACAACUUCUAUUGAUCAACCACUAGGUGAUAUUGUUGAAAAUUGGACACCUCGUCUUCAUCCUCUUGCUAAUCCACAAUAUCACAUUCUUCAAGGUCAAUAUUGUCGACUUGAAUUACUUAAUUCAAAAACUAAUAAUAAAACUAUUCAACAACUUUAUGAUGCAUUUAAACCAACAGAGCAAACACAUUUUACUUAUUUAUCAUAUGGACCAUUUAAAAGGAGUGCCGGUGCAGGUGAUCAUGCUCCACAUAUUAAUUUUACACAUGCUAAUGGUGAUGUUCAAAUUGAGCUGAAAAAAGUUAUUCAAUCAGGUGUACAACGAUCAUUACUUCUAACACCAGAAAAGUUCUUUGAAAUUUCACAUAAAAGUGAUGAUAUAUAUAAAGCCGGCAACGCAAUAGCUGAUUACCACGGAAAAAAUAGUGCAACACAACCGCCUAGUGCCGUUGGACCUUUUAAAUUCAUACUUCGUUCUGACUAUGAUAAUGAUAAAUAUGAACAUAUGUAUGAAUGGGAAGUGCCGAAUUCACAGCUGAGAGUUAGUGUUCGUAAUCGUCGAAGCGAUGGAAAACGACCAAAAGAUGCACAAUUUGUUGUUGAAGUACGUGUUUUCGGUUCAAAUGGUUUACCAACCGAUGAAGGAAUCAUGAUGGCAUGGCAUAACUUUAAUGGUGAGUGUACAGAAAGAAAUCAUGGAAAUAAGAACUUUGAACCAAUUGUAAAGCAAGGAAUAUAA